GGUUGUAUAUGUCGUCCAGAUGGUAGAAACGUUGUUUCCGAGUAUUUGAAUAGUGUGCACGUUGUGCGAAUGCAGCAAAGGACGCCCAGGGAUUGAACUCGCAAUCAGAGUGUAGGUUGUGUCAAACGAGUGGGUGUAAAUUGGAUGUGUAAAGACGAACACAGUAGGCAAUCAUUAGCAACAAGCAUAUGCCAUGUGGCGCACACACUUGCUGUUGUUUUGUCUUCUCAUGGUUGCCGAGUCGGUCGUCGUCCCUCAUCCUCAUCUCUACUUCAGUUCGGCAGAUGUGGAAUCAAUGAGACAGAAGGCUGACUCGACGCACUGGCACAUUGUCUCCGAGAUGAAAGACUUAGUGAAGUUGGUCAAAGCCAAACCAGCUUUCUACCUUCCUCCACUCAACUGGAACAAGUUCGCAGGCUCUUGGAAUGAACACUAUGGCAAUCAUCUUGGAGCUCUGGCCAUGUAUUGUGUGCUGAGACCCCAUGACAGCGAGGCAGUGAAUUUGACUCUGACGUAUAUGGACCGUAUGGCUCUUUUACCUAACUGGAUGGUGCAGUCUAGUCCAGCAGAUGAUGUGCCAGUCGCUCACUCUCUUGUGGGAUUUGCCACUGCGUUUGACUUUUUAUUCUCGUACCUGAAUGAGAAGAGACGGACAACGUAUGUGAACAAGUUGAAACAUGUUACAGCCAGGAUGUUUGUUCGAAGCAAAGUUGCAUCUUGGGGUCAGCAGUAUAUUCAUAAUCAUGUUGCUACGAACCUCGUGGCUCUCUUCACUGCUUCUGUGGUCGUCAUGCCUUAUGAAAGUCAGGCGGUUAAAUGGCGAGAUCAUGCAUUUCUAUUGAUGGAAAGAACGCUUAGUUUGCUCAAUCUCGUUGUUGAUGGUUCAUUAGGGGAAGGCGUGUCAUAUGGAAGUUAUACUGGUCGAUCGAUCACUCAGUUUGUCUACCUUGCUCAAAGGCACAUGAAACAAGAUUACACGAGGGGUUUCUUUUUGAAACAACAUUUUCGUUUCUAUCUGGCGACUGUCUUGCCUGGAUUUCAAGAAGUAGUCGGGAUAGCAGAUUCAAGUCGAACAUGGUUUUAUGGACCCGAAAGUCAGUUGGUCUUUCUAGAUGCUUUUGUGAUGAAAAAUGGUUAUGGAAACUGGCUGGCAUCAAAGAUACGAGAGAAGCGAGAACUUCCUGGUGCUCUGCAACCUGCAAAGGCACAUCGGUGGUGCACAUUGCACACAGAGUUUGUAUGGUAUAAUGCUGAGAUUUCUCCAAAAUCGCCUUUUGAAAUUGAUGUGGGUAAUCUUGAUGCUCUCAAGAUUACUAACCUUGAGCUAAAACCACAAUUCCAGGGAUAUAGUGAGUAUAACAAGCUUAUCAAGUUCAGCGACUGGGGAACAGUGACUUAUGGUGGAGGUCAAGAGAAUGGACACACAUAUGUCUCUUUCAAGUCAGGGCCAUUGCAUGGUCGGGCCAUUUAUUCUAUAGCCAAGAAAAAACUGUAUCGUUGGAUAAGUGGAUGGAUGUCAUUUAACCCUGGUCAUGAACAUCCCGAUCAGAAUUCGUUUGUGUUUUUUCCAAAUGGUGAGCCAUUUAUCACUGAAGCUUUCUAUGGACCAAAAUACACAUUUCUUAAUAAUGUGUUAACAUUUGGCCCAGUUACUUCGGCAAAAUGUUAUUCGCCUCAUCAAGGUCAAAAUGGUGAGUGUCACAAGUGGAUUGAGUAUAAAGAUGAUAGCACUGAACGAACGUGGGCGGAUGUCGUGACUGCAACUGAGCAGGCUGGUAUGCUGUUUACAAGUGGAGAUGCUGCAGGAGCAUAUCCGUCUAAGUUGUUGCUGGGAAGCGUAUAUCGUGCACUACUGCUUUUGGAUCAACAGACAUUGUUGGUACUGGAUCACAUACUGUUACGUGAUGGGAGUGCACUGAAGGUGUCUAAUGCUUACUUUCACAAUAUUCAUGUUCCUUUCCAAUUCAUAAAACAGUUGGGUACAGGUGUAUCACCUCAAGCAUUUAUUGAGCACAACAAGAAAAAACAAAACAUUUAUUGGAUUUCGUCACAUCAAAAUAAGCUGGAAGCAACAACUAAUUCACUGACUUAUCCAGCUGAAUUUGGAGUUCGCAAGACAAAUAUGCUGAAUGUCUCUGUACCUUUGACCCAGUCGAUUACUCGUGUUGCUUACCUAUUUGCUGCAGAAGGUUCCCACAUUACUAAGUUUAAUUUUCUGAAGCAAAGUGAUAUUGGAGUUCAAGUAACAAUUGGAAUUAACGGAAAAGUAUACACUGCUUCAAUUGUGACUGAUUACAAGGAUGCAAAAUCACGUCACACCUGGCUGGGUUUUAUGGGAUAUGCACAAGUCAAUAUGUCAGAUGGUUUCUGUGUGAGAUUUGGUCUGGAUACAAUUGUUAUGAGACAUGGGACUCAAGAAGUUAUCCAGCAUGGUCUUCCUAAACUUUCACGGGCUGCAGGCAUACUAUUUGAAGAGGGCAAUGAAUUUGAACAACCUCUCAUGAUUUUAGAGGAAGAGGAGUUUGCCAAAGAGUUGCAUAACAAUGAGCAGAUUGAAGACCAGCUUGAGGAGCAGCUUGAGGAGCAGCUUGAGGAGCAGAAUGAGCUGAAGGAAGUUGAGUUUACUGGUAACGUGGCACAAACUUUGGAUAGUGGUGAGUCCGUGGGUAUUAGGUAUGAAUGGCUCUUAAUUCCAGCUUUACUGCUCUUAAUUAUUCCUUUUUUUCAAAUUCGAAAGAGGAUGUUUGUGAAAUAUAUACUGCUGCUGGCUUUUGUUGUACUUCUUGCUGCUAUUCUGAUGAAAUUAGCAUCUAGUAUUAGUGAGCAUGAAGCUAUAGCCCUUCAUGGUGAUCUAGUUGAUGACAAGGAUGAGAUAUUGAAAGAAUUAGAUAACAGGAAGGAGAUACAGUCCGAUUUGGAUAUUUCCAAAGUACGUGAUUAUACACAAAAGAAGAUCCAUAGUGUGGACAAGGAGAUCAAUCUUGUGGGAGACAAGGUCACUUAUGUGCAAGAGAAGGUCAAUCAUGGGCAAGAGAAGGUCAGCGAUGCACAGAGUAUAACCAAGUUUUCCAGUAUUAAGAAACAGACAACAAGUGUGUCUCCAGUUCUUCGUCCGAAUGUAUUCAUUACAUCACUUCUUUCGUGUGGUUCAACUCUUGUUAGUGGUAUGUUUGGUGGUCGCACUGAUUUUUUCGUGAUGUCUUUCCCUACAUCUGCUAUUCAGCUACCAGAAAAAGAGGUUCUGGUUGACCCAUUUGUUGAUGCUUGUCAUUGGUCAUCUGAUGUUCAAAACUUUCCACAGAUUGGUGACUGGUUUAAAUCUAUGUACAAUGAUCCACUCCAACACAUGGAUCUAAAUGUCAAUACUGACCUUUCUGCAAACAUCAGAAACCAUCUGGCCAACAUGAAAACCCAUCGUUUGACUUAUCCUAAUGCACAAGUCGUUUUUCAUUCUCUUAGUGCAAGCUGGAAUCUUAAGCUCCAAUGGCUGCUUAGAGUAGUUGGCUCUUCACUGAAGAUGAUCUUUGUUGUGCGUGACCCUCGAAGCUGGAUUAAUUCUCUUUUGGAUGAAAAAGACAAUCGGUUUAUUCGAUGGAAAGUUGAACAACGUCUCAAAGAUAUGCUUAGUCAGCUUCCAAAUGUUUGUGGAAAUGAAACUCUAUUUGCUCAAGAGUAUGAAAAUCUCCGAAACUACUUUAGUUCACAAGGACCAAAGGUUUUACCACACAAAUUAUUAGCCGAACUGUGGAAAGCAAACACAGAAGCAGCUCUACGGAUCAACAAAAUCUUAGCUAAGAAGAACUACCUUCAAGUUCGAUUUGAAGAGAUCAUACGUUUUCCAGUCAGAAGUGCUGAGAAAAUAUUUCAUUUUAUUGGCAUGCCACUUCCACUGUCUGUCGAGCAUUGGAUACUACAGAGUACGAGAACAGGCUUGUUUCGACAUGGUUCAGACAAGCAGCUAGGACUAGCGACAUUGGAUUUAUGGAAGAAGUCCUUGACAGUAAACCAAAUACGGGACAUAGAAGCGAUAUGUAUGCCAGUUAUGAGAGAGCUUUCAUACAGAGCUUUACCUUUUUGACCUUUAGAUAUAGCAUGGAUGCAUUAUUUGUGUUCGUGACAUAGAGAGUGUUGUGUUGUUUA